AACAGAAAGGCCACAUAUCCCACUACUACCCCAGUUACUACCAUGUAUACCAGCACAGAACCCUCCACUACCCCUAUCAUCUGCGCUAAGAUCCACUGUAUGGCUUGGCUCCCCGACCCUGACGGUGGCGGUCUCCUAGCUACUGGAAACACAAGCUCAGCGGUCUCCGUAGCCAUUGUCAACGAACAGAAACAACAAAACAACUCCUACAAAGUGUGCGUCCUAAAACCGGUGCUUAGCUCCAUCCUCCACCCUCUCCGACCCCAACUGAAGGACGUGACCCACGUAUCCUGGAGCAAGAAGUACCAGUUCCUGGCCAGUUGCCAUGGUUACAACCACGUGCUCAUCUGGGACAGACAUGGCAACAGGGUAACCAACAAACCUGUAGUUAUCAUCAGAGACGAAUCCCAGGACACCAACAGAACAAUUCCAGCUUGCACAGUCAGAUGGGCCCACACUAAACCAACACUGCUGAUCACCUACGAGGACGGCAUCAUGAAACUUGUCAAAGUGGCUAACGAAACCAACACCAGUUCUCAGAUCAGCGUAGAUAACAUCUCUUUCUCUGACGCCUACUACAACAACGCACUCUACAACGGAGCUGAACUCGACCCAGAAGAGAGGACAGUUAAACUGAAGAGCUCCUGCUGGUCACAUGAUGACGAGGUAGUUUACAGUGCAGCGGAGAACAGUACGGAGAUCCUGGUAACCAGUGUAGCCGGAAGAAGAAUCGUCGCCAAGAUAUCCAUCGACAUCCGCGUUGAGGAGCUACACUCUUGGUGCUGCCCAGAUCGAGGACAACUCCUGAUAAUCCACCACCCCUGCGCAGCUGCUACCAUAGUCAACGUGGACCCUAAGCAUCAGAUUCUCGAAGAGAAACUAGUCCUGACUCCCUUCGCUAUUGGUUCCACGAAAAUGGCGGUACGACAAACAGACGGUCUCAUAGCUAUCGGAGGACGUGUUAACAGUACGGGAGCUAACAUGGUGUGUAUCUACCAUACUACGGGGAGUCUGAUGAAAAAGGUUGUUACUCCUUGUGACAAGUUUAUCUCAGCACUCUGCUGGAUUGGGAGGUCAUCUCUCUCCGUAGCUACAAAGAAUCACGUUCACAACAUCACCGUCAGCAAGUCCAUACCUUCCCUGGAGUUUCUAGCAAGUCAGGCUGUAACGAAUCUGCAGAAGAGAGCAGCUGGACCCAAACUACCAACCAACAUCAGGAUAAACUUUGAGAUCGCUAAACGGACUUUACCUAAGAAUACGCCGCGGGUUUUCUCUGAUACAGACAGUGCCAGCCAGUGUACUCUACGGGUGGUGAAAGGAGUGACGGGAGUGCAGGAGGCGCAGUUCAUGGUCGCUGAAGUGGGAGGUGAAGCAGUGGCACUGAGAGCGAUCAAGCAGACUGGUGUUAUGUCCCUCGGGGUUCACUACGACAUCAUGCUUAGGAACGACUGCAUGAGAACGGACGAGAAGCAGCUUGGACUGAUAAACCGGCACAACAACAACACGGCCCCCAAGAUGCUGAACUGUUCCUACACUGAUAACUUUACACACGCCCUGAGGAUGUCACACAGACCGCUCAGCAGAGGAAGCACACUGGUCAGCUCCCUGGAAAGCAACAAGUCCACCCUGUUUUACGGUCUCCACUACUCAGAGAAGAGGAACCUGCUAACUGUACACCUCUACAACAGCUCCAUUGGAGCCAUCUCAGGGACUGAUAAUACCCCCUACGUUGAAGCUACUGGACUGAUACAACGACCUGCUCCUCAUGAGAGUGAUGAUACCAGUCCUACUCGCACUGUCGUCCUACAGUUCCAGAACACUGAGGUGUUCCAGCUGCUCAAGUGGCAGAAGGGAAGUUACAGUGUCCGUUACAAGUCUCCUUUUACCAUGUGUGCUGCUUUCUGCACCGCAGUCAACUGCAUCUCCAGAAAACUUAUCUGAUCAUUAUUAUUUCUUGUUUGUAAUUUUUUUCGAAAUUACUUUUUUAAAUUCUGACUUUAAAAUCACUACCAAACUGUGUCAUCGGGCAAUUUAUUGUCAGUCAUAUUAAUGAAAAUUAACGAGUAUUUUCCCAAGUUUACGAGGUGUAAUGGCGUUGUUUAGCAACCUAGCCGCACAUGACAUUUUCUUGACAAUCAUUGGUCAGAAAAUGUCACAAUUUACCAAUUUCUAAAUAUGAAGCUGCCUUCUUGUUCGUUAUCACAUAUCGAUCAGUACUUUUUCAUCGACAUACCCUUCUCAGCCGUUACGACUUUAAAGAAGGCAGUCACGUACAGUUUCAGAAAAUAUUUAUAUUCAGCGUCUGCUUUUGAUAUUCAAAGGUCACUUUUGAUAACUGUUUUGUUAUGUAAUAUUGAUUAUAUGCAGUUAUUUUUAUUCGUGUGUUUAUCAGAAGUUUAUCGAACAAAUUAUUUACUAAUCGUUAUUGUUUUCUUGCCUUUUAAUAACCUGUUCCAGAAGGACAUGCCAGACUUUCAGCUGAUUCUAAACAUGACCCUUCUAUUCAUAUAAAUUAGAUUAGGAAUUAUUUCCGAACUCAUAAACAUUCAUUUAUAAGAUUGAGUCCUUUACAGCAGGCUUGAUUGUAGCCGAUUUCUCAAGUUUUUUCAUUUAAGUUAAAAACAAUUUGUUUAGUAAGCACAAAUAAACAACAUUCUCUGCGAUAAAGGCAAUUCAAAACUAAAAUUAACAGGGUCAGUUCAAUAAAAUCGAUAUGAUAAAAUGAUAAUCAUGCAUAUAUUGUAAAUACAGUUUGAUUCCUCUGAGUUGAUAUUCGUCGACCAAGGAUUAGUUUCAGAAAGCUACAGGAACAUUAAAUGAAGAUCUAGGUAGCUUUCGUUUUACAUUUUAGGACGUAACUAGUAAACCUCGUGUCUGUCUUUCCUUUAGGUAUCUUAUUUAACCAACAAUUGUUGUUAUUCUUGCAGGUAACAGCAUUGCAUUCUUUCAAUCCCUCACAAGCUUUUUGGGCAUCAGCUUUCUUCAAGAUAUCUCCCUGGAUCCUUUGCUUCAUCUUCUGGUCUUCUUUUGUUACCCAUUUACAUGUCUUUUUGUCAUCCUCACCAUCGUCACCAUCGUCACCACCAUCUCCACCAUCUCCAUCAGAACCGGUGACAAGGGGAUAGUGGCCGUAUUUGGAGAUUGAGCAGGUGUUACCUCCUCUCUUUAUCAUGAUGUAUCCCCCAAGUCCCCAUCCAGGCCCCCAACUGUUCCUGACUUUCCAGUAGUCCUUACCGGAGUCUGUACCGUAACCUACAACGUCCAUAGCAUGGUUGAUUGAUGUGCAUCCACUCCCUCCCGAGUAAACACCGCUCUUGUAAGAGAAAAAGCUAUCAAUAACUCCAAAAGCGACGGAAAUGACCCCAAUACUCGCAUCAGAAACAGCUGCUUUCAUGGCAUCAUCUCCUUGAGCGAGAUAUUUAGUCCCAGUGACUGUAUACCCCUGGAUUCCUGUCUUAAUACCCUGGGCAGAACCACGGCAAGUUCCAUCUGAGGCUACAUAAGGAUAGUCUCCGUUUAAAGCGAUCAUGUUGCCGUUCUUUUUGGUCCAAUCGUAACAUUUAGACGGCCACCCGCCCUUACAUCCAUCACGAGUACCCUCGUACACACAGUCCAGAUACUGCUGCUCUGACAGAGACUUGACGGUUUUACUCUCCUUGUUGACUUGGUACUCCAGCGCUGCAACAGCUCCAAAAGCCCAACAGCUCCCACAACCCCCUUGCUGCUUAAUUCCAGGCAACUUGCUGGUGUAAUCAACAGCUGCUUGAAGUUGACGCUUCUCAAAGUCAUAGUCGAUCUGCACGGGCUCACGAACAACACUCAGAGAUUUUCUCUGCUGUUCUAUGAUAUCUGACGCGUUCAGACCUGUCCACUUAUCGUAUCUCUCUGUUCUAGACAUGAGUGCAAACAUGUUUACCUCAGCUACAAAACCAUCCGGAUCCUCGUUGUUGUGUUUCUCUACUCCUCGAACAAACUCACAAAACUCAGCGAAAUGUUGCUUUGAGUCUUCCUGAGAGGAUGAGACGACCGGCAAACCGUAUUGGGCCUGGGUCUUUCUGUACAAGUCCCGCAUGUCAUCGGAGAGUACUGCCGCUAUCACAGCAAUGAAUGCCAGUAGUGGUAGUAGCUUUAUCAUCUUAAAGGGGAUUGCAGGGUUUGUUAUAUUUAUUUCUUAAUGAUGGAUUUAGUAAUAUGCACGAUUAAGAUGAAUUUUGAAGCAAAAAAUGAAAGAUAAAUAAAAUGGCAGAAUGGUGUUCCACAAAUAAAAGAGACACGGCAAAAUGGAAAAGAUGAAGCGUACU